AUUGUGACAGAGGCGGUGGCACCUUCGCUGGGGACAGUGCUUCAGCAGGACUCCUUGGAAAGCCCAUGGAGGCGGCGGCGGGCGGAGGCUGUGGUUCUGGGCCGCCCUUGCUGCUGAGCGAAGGCGAGCAGCAAUGUUACUCCGAGCUGUUCGCGCGCUGCACGGGCGUCGCUAGUGGGGGCGCACUCCCUGGGCCCCCUGAGGCCGCCAGGGUCGCCCCUGGAGCUGCCAGUGCGGCCACUGGUCCGGUGGCCGAUCUGUUCCGGGCGUCACAGUUGCCCUCUGAGACACUGCACCAGAUCACAGAACUGUGUGGCGCGAAGCGAGUUGGUUAUUUUGGUCCGACGCAAUUUUACAUUGCUCUGAAAUUGAUUGCUGCAGCACAGUCUGGCCUCCCUGUGCGAAUAGACAGUAUUCAGUGUGAAUUGCCUCUGCCUCGUUUUAUGAUGUCAAAGAAUGAUGGUGAGAUACGAUUUGGGAACCCAACUGAGCUUCAUGGAACGAAGGUUCAGAUUCCAUAUUUAACCGCGGAAAAACUUUCCUUCAAAAGAAUGGACGAUGAGGAGAAACAGCAGGAAACACAGUCUCCCACGAUGUCACCUCUUGCCUCCCCUCCUUCUUCCCCGCCUCAUUACCAGAGGGUGCCCUUGAGCCAUGGCUACAGCAAACUGCGGAGCAGCACUGAACAGAUGCAUCCAGCUCCCUAUGAAGCUAGGCAGCCCCUUGUCCAACCUGAGGGAUCAUCAUCAGGGGUUCCAGGAACCAAACCUGUUCGGCAUCAGGCUUCUCUCAUCCGGUCUUUUUCAGUGGAGAGGGAACUACAGGACAACAGUAAUUACCCGGAUGAACCCUGGAGAAUAACAGAAGAACAGCGGGAAUACUAUGUCAAUCAGUUCCGGUCGCUUCAGCCGGAUCCAAGUUCCUUCAUUUCAGGAUCUGUGGCCAAGAACUUCUUCACCAAAUCAAAGCUUUCCAUUCCAGAACUCUCUUAUAUAUGGGAACUUAGCGAUGCUGACUGUGAUGGAGCCCUGACUCUGCCUGAGUUCUGUGCUGCAUUUCAUCUCAUUGUGGCUCGGAAGAACGGCUACCCACUGCCUGAAGGCCUGCCUCCAACUUUACAGCCAGAAUACCUGCAAGCAGCUUUUCCUAAGCCCAAGUGGGAGUGUGCUUUGUUUGAUUCUUAUUCUGAGUCAGUUCCAGCAAACCAACAGACCCGUGACUUGAAUCGGAUGGAGAAGACAUCUGUUAAAGAUGUGGCUGACUUUCCUGGCCCUGCCCAAGACAUGACUGGUGAUGAUAAACAAGCUUUGAAAAGUGCCAUCAAUGAAGCCUUACCAAAGGACCUAUCUGAGGAUCCAGCAACUUCUAAGGAUUCCAACAGUCUCAAAGGAAGACCAAGAUCCAGAUCUUACUCUAGCACCUCCAUAGAAGAGGCCAUGAAAAGGGGUGAGGACCCACCCACCCCACCACCGCGGCCACAGAAAACCCAUUCCAGAGCCUCCUCCUUGGAUCUGAAUAAAGUCUUCCAGCCCACUGAGCCAGCUACUAAAUCGGGAUUGCUACCUCCACCACCUGCACUCCCUCCAAGACCUUGUCCAUCACAGAUUUCCCAGCACAAUGUAAACACUGAGCCCAGCACUCAGCCCAAGCUUCCAGCUCAGCUGCCUAACUAUGGAGAUUUCAGACGACAGGAACAGUCAGAACAAGUGUCUGAUGCCGAGUUACUUCCACAGAUGAACAGAACUCCUUCCCAGGCUGCAGAAAGUAGUCCAGCAAAGAAGGAUGUUCCAUAUUCUCAGCCUCCAUCAAAGCCUAUUCGUAGGAAAUUCAGGCCUGAAAAUCAAUCUACAGAAAAUCAAGAGCCUUCCACUGUUGUAGCUGGGCCAGCUCCUGUAACAACUGUGAAGCCCCAUCCUACAGUUCAAAAGCAGUCUUCCAAACAGAAGAAGGCAAUUCAAACUGCUAUCCGUAAAAAUAAAGAGGCAAAUGCAGUUCUGGCUCGGUUGAACAGUGAACUCCAACAACAACUCAAGGAGGUUCAUCAAGAACGGAUUGCAUUGGAAAACCAAUUGGAACAACUUCGUCCAGUCACUGUGUUGUGACUGCCCCAAAGUUCAAGUGACGGCGUGUGACCUUGUCUGCCAAGAUAUUUCUUUUGAAUGUUUGAGCCAGCCAUUUAUCAUAGAUGUCAGACUGUGUCAAAAGUUGUAAACAGCAUAACAUAAUCUCUGUCACCUUUUCUCUUCUGCAUUUUACUAUGGUGGAAAAAAAUCCCAAGUAUCACACUUAAAAUUGUAAUUAUCAGUAGACUUUAUCUCCCAUUCUUAAGUGCUUCAUCAAGGCAUUGGAUGCUGAUCCUUACCAAAAAUCCAUCUUCUAGCAAAUAAUUUAGAACAUGAUUUAUUUAAAGGAUUUAUGAUUUUUACAAAACCUGAUAACCAAGUACCUUCAGGAUGCUAGUUUUAUUUUUGUAUGCAUAUCACACACAGUAGGUUGGUUUACUACAAUUGUUAUUCCAACUGGAUAGUCUUUGGCAUGAUAACAAAACCAAAAACUAAAAGAAAAUGAAAGCAUCAAAUUUAGACUGGCGUUGUGCCCUCCACCACUACAUGCCAAAAAAUUGUUUCUCUAGUGCCAUUUUGAUCUCAUAUCUAGCUAUAAAUAAUACAUGACUAUUGUUCUGUAGUGAAUGUCAAAGACUUAUUGGAUCUUUACACCUCUGUGAAGUAGAGAUUUUGGCAACAAGCUAUUUAACUUGUCCAAUCUAAGCCAUCAACCCAGAAAACACAGUCCUUUCAUGUAAAUUUUGAGCAAGAGCAAUCUACCUUAACUGCCUCAUCUGAUCAACUUAAACAAAUACUUGCCAUAUUUCUACUUUUAUCUUGCAUGGGAUAGCAUAGUUAUAGAUGCAUGAGUUUGCAAAUCAUCCAUCAAUAUGAAAAGCUGGGUUGAUAAAUAUAUGUUGUUUGAACCCAGGUAUCCAGAGUAGAAAGGAAAAGGGAAUAUUUGCCAACAAUCUCUGGUAGUUAUUUUCAUCUUAAUUUUAUCUUAAAGUAUGAAUGAAGGCACGUGAUCCUCACAUUAGCUUUAUGACUUUUAUUCUCUGUGGAGUGUACCCUUGGGAAGUAAAUGGCUUAUAUACGCAGGAGCUCACCUAACUGGUGUAGGUGAUGUAAAGCAGUUCCAAAUGCAGAAUCUAGUAUUCUAUAGAAAUUUAAGUAGCUGCUGCUGCUUUUGAAAGUCCAAGCUGAAAAUGGGAAUUGACUGGCUCUACCAGGUUACAGAAUUAUGGGUCACUCAGCCUCAUCUGGCAUGCCAAAUUUAACAUUGCAUUGUGAGGCUUACAACAAGACAAACUAACUGUGGUGCAUUUGGCUAAUUUACCUAUUCUUUGCAUAGUGGGAUGGAGUAUAGUUAGGGUCCUUUGUGAAAUGCUUUUGAAUGUUUUUACAAGAUGUGAGAUUAAACUAUUGAUAAGAGCUGAGAACUUUUGGAAAAAGCAGAAAUGUAUUUAAUGCUUCCUUAUUCCAUUGGAAAGUUCUAUCAAUAGCUGAACAACAGAAGAAAAGGGCUCAAGCAGAUGAUGUUUUUCCAAAGAAAAACAAAUUGUUGAAUCUAUUCCAUGCAUAUUUAAGGGUUUCAACUGAUCUGAUUUUGAAAGUCAUGAAAUUUGAACCUUCUUUAUUUCCUUUCCUUUUCUUCUUUGGCUGCCUUUUAUGUUGUUGUGGAGAAAGAUUAGGAGUGAAUUUAAACCCUUACAGAGAUUAUGAAUGGGUCAAUAGAGUUUUAGGUAAGCUCUUUUUCCUUUUGCUGAGAUCUAGAGGCUGUAACACAUUUUUUAUCAACGGUGUUCUUAUUGCAGAUGUUUUGCUUUUGUUAUAUUCAGUCAGAAAAGACUAACAUAUGCACAGAAUCUUCCAGUAUGUGUGCAUUUACUCUGGAUAGUACUUCAUAUCUACCAGCCAGACAUAUGACCUAAGGAAUGUUAGUCCAUACUAUGCAUUUAAAAAUAUUAACAUGCUAUUUCCCCUGUGAAGUCAAUGACAGAGUGAGCCAAGUUAGGAGGUUGGAGUUUUGUUUAGUUGGCUUCAUUUGCAUUAAAGGAAAAAUCUUGCCAUGGACACAAAGCCCUCUAGGUUUUAUAGUCUCACCAAAAAUUUUGUGUGCAUGUGGUUUUGGCUAUACAUCAUGCAUGCAAGUGCUCAUUGCCAAUAUUUAAGAUAGGCAUUGCAUUCAAGAACACAUCAAUACUACAUGUGCCUAGCAUUCUUAGUUGGACCUAAUGUUGGCCCAUUGUUUCCCAGUAGAUAUUUUAGAAAGGAGAUAUUUGUGUAUGUAUAUACUCAGAGACACAUAUACCUUACAAAUAGAGUUACCUUACUCUAGUACUCAUCCUCUCUUUCUGUUUUCUUAGGAUGUGUACUUUUAAUUUAGGAUUAUAAUGCCUGAUAAUGUCUCUGUGUACUUUUCAUGUGAUUUAUUGGAAGGCUGGUGCAUUGAAAUCACCAUUUUACCUCUUUUGAAAAACUUCUCCAAGAUUAGACUUUCUUAUUGGGCAGAAAUCCAUUGAUCGAAGGAUUUAUACUGUCCCCACUCAUGGGGGUUUAAUUACUUUGUUAUGCAGUGGUCUUUCCUUGAAAGGAUCCUCCAGUCCCACAGAUGAGAACAUAAUAGGAGGUUAUAGUGGGCUUUAAUGGUCCUUUGGUUUCUCUCCCCUGCCUCUUUCCCCUCUUCUCUAUCUCUCACUAACUUGCAUUAAUAUACAGAGGGGGUUUUCAUUGUUACAUUAUGCACAUGUUUACAAUAUAGUCCAAAUAGUCUCAACUUCAGCAUCUCUUCUACAUGCUCUUGGUCACUUUCUAUUUGCAGACAUGAAGCAAAACCAAAUAGUAGAUACCCGGAAUGGAUGUGUUAUGCCAUAAUCAAGGCAGAUGAUUGCCUUAGUUGAAAGGAUCUAAUUACUCUACAGAUAUUACUAGUGCUUGGAGACUAAUUGGGAGAGGAGUCAGCUUAGCUGGAGGGCGUGCCUAUCUUCUUAGCCCUAGAGAUGUCAGAGCUGGGCAGGACUGCGCUCAUCUCCUAUCAUUUGCAUGUGGGGAAAGCUCCUGACCCAAGAAUUCAUGGAGCUGGGAUGUCAGCCUGAUUUCUUCUACCAAAACUAAAAUUAGAUUAGGAGGUUUUUAAAUAUUUGCCAUUGAGUUUUAUUGACUCUAUUCGUCUGUAAAUAUGAAGACAUGUUUUAAAGAAAUUUAGAUCUAGACAUUUCUCUUGGAGUGAAGUAAAAUAAUAAAAUCUUAAGGAAAAGAAUAUUACUGAACCAUUUUUUUCCUGAACACUUUACCUAUCAUGGUGCAAUGUUACUGUACAUUUCUUGGCAGCACUUUUGACAGCUGUUUCUUUGAACAGAUUCCAUUCCCAUAGUCCUUAUGGGAGCUUGUUUUAAAGACUACUGUGAUUGAAAUGAACUCAAUAUGUAGUAAGUUAUAGCUUUUCUUCAAUAUAUCUUUGGUUGCUUUCGUUGCAAAUGUUUAAUUUCAACAUAUUGUUAAGGUGAGUAAUCAAAAGCAUGGAUUUUCUUUCUUUCUUUUUUUUUUUUUUUUUUUUACCAAUAACUGAACUAUCACAAACCUUUUUCUAUUUAGAUGUGAUUUAAUUUUAUGUUUCUUGAGUGAUCUCACAGCCAUGGUAAUAAUAGAUUUUUAAGUAGACUAUUGAUAAGAUAAUGUCUGAAACUGAUGUAUUUCUUGAAAGACAUUUGCAUAUGUCUUCUUCUAAGCAAUAAUUGGGAAAAGCUCAGUUGCAUUAUUAACACCUUAGAAUUAAAACCAUUUGUUCAACACAAACUACACAAACUACUUCUUAUCAUCAAGGAGAUGUGAUUUUAAAAUAUAUGUAUUUAAACAAGAAUUUAACAUCUUGUUAUAACCAGAUCCUUCCAUGUUAUUGACAAGAAGGCCCAUUACAUUGUGGUUGGAACAUUAUGAAUGUGAACAAAAUAAUCACAGUUAAGGAGGUCUUCCUUCCUUCCCAUUAAAUUAAAUAGAACACUAGUGAUUUUGAUUUUGAUUUCUCUUACUAGUUUGCUUUGUUUAACGUGUGCUCUUUAAAAGUUCUGAUUUCAAAGGAUCAGUUAUGGGUGCUUUGUUAGGGAAUUUUGCAUCAUUUUGCAGUGUGGUCCAGGUUCCUAGUAAGAAGUGAGGAUUUGGGUUUGUAGCAUCUUCAGUCCACAUAUCUUGCUUUUCUUUCAGCACAGGCGAAGGGAGGCUGCCCACUAACACUCACAGAUUAGUCACUGAUGGCAAUUCGGAUGAGUACUUCUCUGUGGGCCGCCCUGCUUUGUUUCUUUGAUGAGAAAUGGAUCUAGGUCUGUGGAUAUGCCAAGAGCAGCAGGCGUGGAGAGCCAGACUUUAAGAGCAAUGCAAGCAGAUCCUAAGGGCACCUGCCUAGCCCCUGAACAGACUUUCAAAAGCUGUCAUGCAAGUAUGGUGCAAGGCAGACAUUUUGUUAGUGCAAGCAAGACAGCACAGGUCUAAAGCGGCUUUUAGGAUAGUGUGAUUGGCUUUUAGGAUAGUGUGAUUCUUUUCUGAAUUUAGUAAACACUAACUGAUGGUAAAGGAACCUUCUCUGGGAAGCACUACAGGGUUUCAGUCUAUAGGCCUUGUUUUGGUUACAGAAGCUUAGCUUUGCCCUCAACAAUUGGAGAAUGCUUAUUGUUUUUUACAUCUUGUGAAUUGUCCGAUCUUGCUUCAAGCUAAUUCCAUGGUAGUGGGAGGUUGAAUAAAGUAGGUUUAUGACUCUGAAGAGCACAGAAGAGCAUACUUCAAGAGGGCUGAACUUGGAAUUUGGAAACUAAAAUAAGGAGACCUUCAGGUGCCAGUUCCAUAGCACUCUUUUGGAUAAUAGACUAAGACCUUAAAGCUCCUUUAGGGAUCUCUGCCCUGAGACACGUACUUAACACAGUACCCCAAUUGCAUGCAGCUUACAUCAACAAAAGUGUGUUAUUUUUAUUGUCAACUUAUAUGACAGCUUCAAAUGCACCCAGCUUGGGAGCCAAGAAUAUCCUCUUCUUUAGCACUGCCGUUCUUUUUGGCUCAAAUAUGAUAGUGAGCCAGAGAUGAAAAGAGCCAUUUUAGUCUUCAUAGGUAUUGGCCAAAAGUGAUACUGAGCUGUCUAUUUUAAUCUUGAUAGUAAAAAUGUAUAUUAUAUUUUUUCACUACAGGUACAUGGUAAAAAGUACUACAGGUACAGUAAAAAGUGUAACAGCAAAGUAUAUAUUUGAUGCCUUCUGUCUUUUCAUGAUAAUGUGCUAACAAGUUGUGUUAAUAUUUUACUCAGCCAGAAUCUCAUGUGUUUGUUAAGCAUUAGGAACAUUAUGCAUAUUUACCUUCCACCUAAAUAAAUCCCCGAGACUGUUCUAUAUUUGAAUUGUGAUUUGUAGACUCAAGUUAAUUUUCCUGCCUCUGUUUCACACUUGUUGAAAUAUCUGUGAAGAAGAUAGUAAGAAAAAUUUCCAAUGGGGAAAAAUGUACAUGUUGUGAAAUGGGGGUGCUGUGUUAAAAAUAAAUGUAUGUUACCUAAGCGGC